AUGAACAUGGGUCUUCGAACAACGAGUGGUCUUCGGCUGCUGCUGGAAGAUUUCCAGGACUUUUUCUCAUCUUUCCAUGAUCAGCAUUUUUCUCACCACGACGGAAACACAAACACGCGGCGACCAUCGCCAUUUUUAUGUUCAACUUCUAUCAUCUCUUCCUUUCCAGGCAGCAUAUUUUUUUUGAAUAUUUGAUUGUUGAGAAGUUGUCUAUCUCACAACUACAGCAAUUUUUAUCAACCACAUUAUGGUCCGUCCUGGUCACCUAUGCUUGUGGUCACAGUUUUCACUUGUAGUAUUAAGUACAGUUUAAUAUUUCUACUGACUAGUUCAUGAUCUCGAUCAUGUUUCUUGCAACUUCUAAUUAUCAAUCUAAAAUCUUCAAGAGCUGAAGAAACCUUUUGGAACUACAAGUUACCAGAUUGGAGCCUUCGACCGCUCCUUUCUUCCUUCCUCGAUCCUCUUCCUGGUCCCGCAAGAUGCAUUAAGACUAGCAUUAGGACCAUUGACAUCAAAGGAAAGCACCACGUCGCAUAUCUUACCCCUUCUACCUUUCCUUCUUAUUUUGGACUGAGUUUACUACAACCAGACUGGGUUUGCCGCUACGAUGAAAGCGUCUGUCAAUAUAAGGACGACCCCCGUAAGAAAAUUACUACUACUCUCAGAGCAGGUACUAGCCCCAUGAUCAUAAGUUACGUGCUGACGGCUGGUCCACCCCUGGACAAGCAGAGAUCAUUGGAAUUUAUUAUGUCGUUCUAACAAGAGGACAAGGAGGACGCCAGCGACCGCAUCCCCUCCAUUGAGUAGAGCAAUAAGAAUACUACCCCAAGUUGUACAUGAUGAAAGUACAAGCACGACUCGGGUGCAAAUACAGGAGCUGCAUCAUCAUGAUCAUCAAGCUCCUACGUCACUUCUUCAUCUACAGCAUGAUGAAGAAAGUACUAGGGUAGAGCAUCAUCAUCAAGCUCCUACGUCACUUCUACAUGAUGAAGAAAGUACAACUUCUAGGGUACAGCUACUACGACAGCGUCAUCAUCAAGCUCCUACCACGUCCUUCUCGAGUACGACGAACUUUCUCUCCAUCGUGGAGCCCGAUCACGUGGACCUUCGUCCUGUGAAGCAUCGUCGAGCAAAGAAUCAAGUAUGCUCAAGGACAUCCUCCACUUAAGACGAAUCUUGAAAGAUUCACACCUUAUUGUUGAAGCUUGUUCUGUUGAUUGUUGUAUGAUUGGAGUUUAUACUAGUUUUGAUUUGAAUUUGAUAUAGAUAUGAACAGAAUUAAUAUGUUGCGGGUUGUAACACUAGAUCAUCUAGAACAUUGUAAAAGAAAAGAGUAAAAAAAAGAGUUCAAGUAGGACACUAAUACAAAAAGUACAUCAUUAGCUGGCAGAUUUCCCUCGAUAGUUCGGAGAUCGUUCGUGCUACCUAUUCGCUCAACGAAAACACCUUCUAAUGAGCGUCAUUUUUGAAGCCAGGUGAUCCGCGGGCGCCUACUAUUGGUUCGGGGCCUCGUCACUGUUGCUCGAAGAAAUUAGGCCGAUGCAUGAACAAAGACCAAUGUCCUCGCGGCUACUAUUAUGGCAGCAUCGAUUGAUGGACACACACUUACAAUACUUCAUGUUCUUCUUUCUAGUUAGGCUGGCCGUGCGUGUCUACUGAACCUCAUCUAGAACCAAUGCCCUCGUGGCUACUAUUAAUAGAAGCAAAGAAGUUCUACUGGGAAUCAUGAUGUGUGGCUUUUUUUUAGUGUGCUCCAAGUGCAUUUUUUUCGCGUGCAUCGUGGUGGUCUAAUUUUUUUGAAUUGACUCACUGGGUCCAAAGUGUAUUUUCUUACAUUGCUUCUAGCUGCUUUAUUUUCCAUCGACUUCACUCACUGAAAAAAAAGAAUGUUAAAAAUCCGCUGAAAAUCCGGUAGGCGUAGGCCAAAUUUACGCCGUUUUCUUUACGAGUAGCUACACAAUACUCAAGCUGAUACAAGAACUCGGCUCGCGAUCGAAGUGCUAGGCUCCAUUACCGCAAGAUGUUCUACUGGGAAUCAUGUUUGAUUCUACUGGGAAGGCUAUGCCUUGUCUUUAAUAGGUCAGUCAAAGUAGAUCUAGCUCCCUUGCGUUGUGCUUUUUUGGUUACUAGGCUCUUACUCUAACGCGCUAUUAUGAUUUUUAGGCUCUUCACCACUAUCAUGAUUAGGCUCUUCUUCUAACGCGCCAAGUGUCAUAAUGGUUGCAUGAACCUGAAGAAGAUCGAGUGGCACAACAAGCCGAACGCUCUAUUGAGGCUCAAAGAAUUCAUUUUCAAGUGUCAUUUCUCCUUGUUUCCUUAGACUUCUGGAAAUCUAAUGAAGAAAUGAGCCAAACAAGAAAUGAAUUCUUUUGAGCUCUAACUCUAGCGGCCGAAAAAAUCACACUGGAUGGGGAUUUUCAUGUCAAGAGCAUCGACCAAGUUCCUAUGCCACGAACCAAGAACAAAGGCAAACCCUGCUUGGAGCACUGUCAUGGCGCGACUGGACCUUGCGACUAUUUUAAGGCUACAUGAAAUCCAUCCUCUUCCUCACAGGUGCCGGGGGCGCCCUCCCGAGACCUCCGUUCUCAUAAUUUAAACCCCAUCCCCAUAAUAAAAGCAAAACAUACCCCUGGAUUGGGUUUACCACUACUACUACUACUACUACUGCUACUACUACUACUAAGAAUACAGGUUCGUUCUCACAAAGGUGGUGAAAUUUCCAGAUGGGUUUCUCACUCUUAGAUGUUCUUCUAAUUCUUGCGGAAACGGGUUAUGCUGCAAGAUGGGAGAAGCCGGGAACCGCUGCGACGGCGAUAUAGGAGGCGAAGAGCUGGCGGUGUGCGCGCGAAGACCAUUAAGGCUAGUAUCCUCACUAGAAGAGGAAGAGUAUCUCCUGCAUAUUUAUCAUGAUGCUUGAUCCUUUUUCUUCAUCAUCUUCUUUGUCUACUUGAUGACCCCAAAGAACACGAGGAAAAACAGCAUCUUCAUCCUUGACGGAUCCUUUUGCAUCAUCCUUGACCCUAGAAUGCAUGGUCUCAGGGGUGCAAACGCGGUAGCUCUAAGACCAGUAGAACCAAGUAAGGAUCCUGUGCGCCACCUAAACGAAGCCUGUGACGCAGUUUGCGGAUUUGAAAAAGGUUAUGCUGAUAGAAUCCAGAAAAAUGCAUGGAGGCAGAUAAUUUUUGAGUAGUAUAACUAUUUGAGCGUACUAGAGAUGGAAGAGCGUGGAGGCAGAUCAUUAUUCAACAAUAGUAAGUAGUUUAUCAAGUAGAACAUAGAGGAGGUUGAUCAUACUAGAAUGCCUGUACCUCACAUCACAUUGGUGAGCAGUUCUCAUGGUUGCGGUACUAGAAGUGACACGACACUGAGUGUUUCUCAACAUGGUUUCGGUAGUAGAAGUCACACAACUGAGCGAUCGCUCUUAAAAACAACGUAAUCAUUUCUGUUGCUGUUCGUUCGGACAUUCUUAGGCCUGUCACUUGUAGGUUUGGAAUUCUUCACUGAUUCACUCUUAGACUACCCAUAAUUUUAAUUUUUCUAAGACCAUCCCUGUCCAGCCUUCUGUGGUGGAGGGCUCUGCUGUGCACACGGUGAGAGUGGGAGAGGCUGUGACGGAACUAUGGGACUUAAUUAUGAGAAACAUUGUUAGAAACAACAUACACUAGAUUGUUAGUUUUCCCUCUUUUGUUAGGUGUAUCCCGUCAUGCCAUAUACUAGAUUGUUAGAAACAACAUAUUUCUAGAAGUACUCGCCCGCUUCUGUAUUACUUCGUCUCCUAUUUAGUACCAAGCGACAACCUGUUCUACGCCGAUCAAAGUCUAGUGCAGCGCGAACCCCUUCCCCUUCUAUCACAACUGUUCUUCAAAUUCAAUGAACCUUUUCUAUCACAACUAGUCGAUGAACCUCUUCUAUCACUAUCGACGAAUGAGCUUGUUCUAUCAUAGUCAGACUCUUCAUCUAAUUCCAAUCGUAUUUUUCGCGUCCACAGCGAGUCUGCGUGAACGGUCGGCCACCACCUGACGCACCGCCUUCAGGAGGAGACCUCUUCUGGCAAGGAUUGCAAAUCGGUGCCGAAAUCAUGGUGGUAAAUGUUAUGCUGCUCAGCAGAUGAAUCAACAAAUAAAUCCUAGAAACUAGAAAGAACUAUAUGAUACAGUUUGAAGACAUACCCCUGGAUUGGGUUUACUACUACUACUACUACUACUACUGAUACACAAGUUCGUGAGUCAGGAGUUAUCAAUCUUGGAGGUAUUUUUAUAUCAACAGGAUCAUCAAUCUAGGCAGAUGAGUUGUUAUAUCCACGACAAGAUUGGUACGUGUUGCCCGUCGAACAUUCACGUCUUCUACUUCUACGUUGUAGUACACCUGGGAGCAACAGGUGAUGCAUCAACAAAGAAAGUACACACAAUUGAUCUAUCUUCCCAUGAUGCAGUUUCAGACUGUACCCCAUGAAUGGGUUAACCACUAUUAUUUCUUCUACAAUUGGUACUUUCUUCUCCUGGUUUUGUUUUUGUUUUUUCAUCUAGUCGCUGCUGCUAUCACCAAUAGAGCAAACUGUCAUCUGGUUAGGUGCUCGUCCAACACAACUAUAUUAUUAUUAGUACGAGCAGCACGAUUGAUCGAAUGACUAAAUGCACGUCUUCUAAUCAUCGUGACUCAACGAAGUUUCGAAACCAAGCCCCCGCAGUCUUGCAGGCUCAAUUAAACAACUGGAAGGAUUCGGAGAUAUACGUAAUGUUAUGAAAUUGAAAGGAAAAACUCUUUCUAAUUUUUUUUACUACCAAUGCUAGCAUUUGUGUUUUGUCUAGUGCUACCAUUCUCCUUCAACAUGAAGAUUGAUGUACUUCUCACCGAUCAGGAGUGAUCGAGAACGACCUAUCAUGUCACUUCCUCCUGUAUCUUCAUCCUUCUCACGGUCUACUUCCUUCAACAUCAACAUGAAGUACUCAUAAGUAGCGGUUCCUGCUGUAUCAUCAAGCGGCUCUAGUCUAGUCUACCCUAAUUAAGUGUCUUCCUUACCUCUCGAAUGGGUACACGACUACUACUACUGCUGUAUAAUCGUCAAGAUCUCGCCCACAUCUAAUCCUGGGUCCACCUAGUCGAAAUCCACGGUGCUCAGACGCGCAGAAUUACUGUAACAUGAGAGGCGAUACGUUGGACCGAAGAUUUAGUCCUCCACUCGGCUGCAAGGAUCACAUCGGAUGUGAUAGUUAUGCUUGUGUUACUAAAGUGUUGUAAGAACUCUCUACUUAGCUACUGUUCGUCCUCCUCUAUUGCGUGUUUUAUCUCACUUCUCUUCACCUGCAGUUUUUUGGGCAUUCUGAUAAUGUGAUACAACUAUAGUGAUCUUCUACUCCUGCACGACUAGAUGAAGUAAUCGAAAGCUCAAAAUAACCGAGUAGCCAACUGAAAUAGCAGAGUCAUUACGUUGCUCUUGUUUCUUGCUUAUUCUAAGUAGUUACUCGCUUAUUUCAGUUUAUCGAAUAGUUUACCCGGCCGAAGCCCGUACAUGAUCCACGACUACAACUCUCUACGUUUUUACGCGUUGUAGUAAAUCAUUCGUUAUAACUCGUCCUCUAAGUUGCCGAUCAGGUAUGUUGUUGCCAGAAAACGGGUAGAAAUUUCCCUUGCGAGGAAGACGAAUACGAGAUGCCGAAUUUCAUGAAUUUAUGGCUAGUGCUACAUGAUAAUUCAACAAUUCAUUACAGUUACACGAAAUAGAAAAACAAAAAUUCAUACAUUAGUUACUAACAUCUAAACGAUCUCCCGGCACUUGCAUGAUUCUAGAAGACUCGGGAAACUUGGGCUGUUGGUAUUUUGGCGUUCCUUUAGGCUAGGGUUGUUGUCCUCCAAGUGUGUGUAUGGUCCUCUUCUUCAUACCAAAAAUCGAUGUGCAGUUUAGCCGGUUUUGAGCAGGAUAUGUCGAGGAUGCAAAAUUUAUUGGGUGAAUCGGCUUGGCGUGGAUGGUCAGACGAACGAACUAUUGAAGCUUAG